AUGUGGUCCGAUAUGUGAAACGAUAUGUCGUUGAAGGCAAAAGUUUGACUCGCGAGCGGCAGUCACAGAAAUGACGUGACAUAAUGCGUAAGCAACGAGAGAAGUAGUGACGUCACGCAUCAUUGGUGGAGACACGCCACCAUGUCGUCGAGGGAAUACGUCGUUGGUGGACUUGUGGAUCCAAACGUAAAGUUAAGAAUAAAUAAAAUGGCGCAUCCAACGUUAACGUAUGCCCAGAAUAUUUUCCCCGUUUGCCAAGCCUCACUUACUCUUGGGAUCGGCCUAGCUAAUAUCCCUCAGCUGCAAUGUCUCUUAGUAUCCUCACCCUCGUGGGGAGUUUAUCCCUUUUCUCAGUCGUAAAUGCUUCUCCAGCGCCAGGGCCAGCACCUUCCCCUGCACCUGCCCCAGUUCCGGCACCACAGGCCCUCUCCAGCUUGUCCUCCGCGUUCUCCAGUGCUACCGGCGCCGUAGCCUCCGCUUUACCGACUGUUAUCGGAGAUUGGCCGAGUUUAAGUGACAUCGAGGAUAAGCUCGACUUGUCAGAUGAUGACCUCGCGAAUAUAUCCAUAUCUGGCCUUCUUAUACCCUCUUAUGCUAAUUUCACCAAUAACGCUUGGAAUGUUCGCUUCUACGGUCUAGCGUACAAGUUGCCUAAUAUCUCAACCUCCGAUCUUGACUCUAUCAUCAAUGACCUGCAAACAGAUAACCUUAACCAAACUCAGGAGGCCCUGCUGCAAAAUCGCACGCAGGACCUUGCCUCCAUUCCUGUACCUCAUGCUAAUUUCACCGCCAUUAUCUCCGCAAACGGCAGCACAGUCACCAACUCCUCCGGGAUCCAACUCGCUACUGCAGAUGAUGCUGGCGAGUUCGACCAGUUCGUACCUAUCCAAGGUCUAAACCAAAAUUUCACUUCUACUGAAGUGGUUAGUACUGCUAUUUUAAAUGUUACCGGUCCUGGAAAUGGCACUGCCAUACUCGUGCCUACGAGUGGCAUCUCGAUCGUUUCGGAUAUCGACGAUGUCAUGCGUAUCACCAAAGUUUAUGUGCCCAACCAGGGUCUAUUCAAUUCGUUCGUUCAGCCUUAUGUCAACGUCCCUGGUAUCCCCGAACUUUUCAACAAGUGGUUCCAUACCCUGCCAGGAGUCGCAUUUCACUACGAUACAACUACUCCCGUUGAACUCACCCGGACGUAUGUGGACUAUUUGUUUAGUAACUUCCCAGUAGGAAGCUUGGAGAUGAGGCCCAUCAAUAUUAGUGACCCGACUCAAAUAUUGGAGGCGAGACAGAACAGCCUGUUGAAGCUUUUCCAGACUUUCCCUCAACGUAAAUUUGUGCUUGUCGGCGAUACCUCUUCAUCGACCCUCUUAAGUGCAUACCCGCAAAUUGCUCAACAAUUCCCAAACCAAAUCGCCUGUAUCUUCAUCCGAAACACAUCCGCAACAGACUCGGAUGACAAAAUACCCUAUAGCACCAAGGAGUUCCAGUCUCUCGAUCCUAACCGAUAUUUCUUCUACCGCACUGCUGAUGAUCUCUCACAACUUGAUAUCGCUGUUGGUCAAUGUAGAGACCAAAACGUGCCCCAGAAUAUCACUUUCGGCGAACAAGGUGGUGUACUUGGGAACAACAGCGGUACUCUUCAUGUGAUCAGCGGAUGGGAAUGGCGGGUUUGGGUUAUGACCGUUCUCGUCAGUGUCGUCCUAGGCACAGCCGCGUUGUGACGGAAUAACUUCCUCACGAAUGAUCUGUUGCGUUCUCCUUCUCCUGAUGUUGUCUUCAUGAACUCUUCACGUAACACCUAUCCACGAAUCACUGCCAUCAAUAUACCUACAUCAUUGUAGUUUUGACGCAAUUAGAGACCAUUUUGCUAGAGUUGGUGAAUUGUUUCAAGCAUAUAAAUGUAGCAGCAAGUAUUUCAGUCGAUACAAAUAAGACAGGGUGCCUUUCGAG